AUGGUAUCUGAAGGCAAAGAACAUGCUAUUCAACAUUUAUCAAAAGCUCAACUGGCAUUUAUUGGCGUUCUCAAAGAUGUUAAAGGUGGCAUAGCGAUGCGUAGUAUGCCCCCAAUAAAUCAUUAUACAGUAACGUUUGAAAACAUAAAGCGGCUGCGAGGUAACAUUUCAAACACUAUUGUCAAAUAUCAGUAUCAGCAAAGUGGAAAAGGUUUGAAGAUGAAAACCGAAAAUGAAAACGAAGACCAGGCGAGGCAAGCAGCCGAAGAUGAUGAAGUCAAAGAACCCAAGGAAGGAGAUACUUAUUUGGCCAUAUUAAAGGAUGAAGAGAAUAUUGAAAUUCUUGUUGAAAUAAAUCCAAACGAUAUCAACGAAAUUAUUCAAUCAGCACCCGAGCCACAAGCAGUUUUGUAA